UUGUAAGAAGCAAGUUUUGUUUAUUGGAUUUGAAAAGAACAGGACUUUCUCAGUAGGUGGACCUUUUUGGCUUUUUUGUUGCUGUUCAUCCCGAUUUAGGAGAAAGGGGAAAAACAAAUAGUCGAAAUGGCAAACAAGGGCCUUCAGAUUCUGGGCUUCGCUCUGGCUCUCAUCGGUGUGAUCGGAUUGAUAGUUGGCACCAUUUUGCCACAGUGGAAGAUGUCAGCCUUCGUCGGGUCAAACAUCAUCACGGCAAUUUCUAUGUACGAAGGACUGUGGAUGUCCUGCGCCUUUCAGAGCACAGGCCAGAUCCAGUGCAAGGUGUACGACUCCAUGCUGCAGCUCAACAGUGCCCUCCAAGCAACACGCGCCCUCAUGGUCGUGAGCAUAAUCGUGGUUGUAGCUGGGAUGGGGGCAGCUUGCAUGGGGAUGAAAUGCACCAACUGCGGAGGUGACGAUCAGGCGAAGAAGGCCAAGAUUGCUAUGACUGGUGGCAUUAUUAUCUUGAUUGGAGGUAAGAAGCAAAUCCCUAAACUCAAACCAGGAGCUUUCGAAACUAGUGGAAACGUAUCAAAUAAUGCCUGUUCUCCCACAGCUUUGUGUGCCAUUGUGGCCUGCUCUUGGUAUGCCAACGACAUUGUCCGAGCCUUCUACGAUCCCUUCACUCCUGUCAACACAAAGUAUGAGUUCGGGUCUGCCAUCUUCAUCGCCUGGGCUGGGUCUUUUUUGGCUGUUAUCGGAGGUGCUAUGCUGGCAGCAUCCUGCCCAAAAGAAAAACGUUCGCCCAGCUAUCCUAUGUCCAGCAGGCCCCCCAGCAACAAGCAGGACUACGUUUGAACAGGAUAGGAACUAGUUAUUGUUUGAUAGAACAUUUUAAUAUUCACGGUGAAUCCAUCUGGACAAAUGUAUAAAAAGAAAGUAUCCAUGAAGUACUGACUUUAUUUUAUAUUACCUUUUUAGUUUUUUUGCAGGACUACUAUUGAUGUUACUGUAAUAUUUUACCAAAUACUUUGAAAAUUUCUUAUUUUUUGCAACACCGGUUGUUUACUUCAGUACACACCGGUCCUGCCCUGUCUGAACUUUAUGUGUACUUUUCAGUGUACUGUGUAUGGAGCUGACAGCUGUAAAGCACUAAGUUAAUUAUGGAGAACCUUGAGGCAGGAAGCACUUUUCGUGUGCAGUACAUUUGAAUGGACAGUGUUGGGCAACAUCUGUUUUACUGUAAGAGUUUUUUUUUUUCCUUUUUAGAUUAAGUUUUUUUAAUGCAUUAGUCAUACCAUGACUUGUACUCAGAUUGCCAAUUUGUAACUUGUGAUACUCUGACAGUUUAAGAUCCACUUGUGUGAAUGAGCUUUGCUUGUAUUGGUGAUUUUUUUUAAAUAAGUUUUGAUGUUGUAAAUAAAGUUAAAGUGAAAGAUCUAA